AUGCCCGAAUGCAGGAAGCUUGUGACCGUGGAGAGUCCCCCCCUGGCGCUGUCCACGGGCGGUCGGUUCAGUUUGGCCAUCAGCAUCACGGCGGAGACGCGGGCUCCCUUCGCCGCAUCUCAACAGGUGGUGGAGGUCUCCUUACAGAGCAGACCGCCGCCGCUGGUGCCACCACCCACACCCGCAACCGCAACCGCAACGCCACCGAUCAGCACCAGAACCGCCACAGACUCGCAAAGCCCGCAGCAACACCAGCAACACCAGCAGCAGCAGCAGCAGGCAUUGGGUCGUGAGGGCGCUGCAGCAGCAGCAGCGGGGACGUCCGCGUCUGCUUCGCCAUUUAGUACCUUUUCCUUGUACCGACCCAGCGACCCACGGGUCCCUCCAUCGCUGGUGGUCAGCAGAGAAUGGGGUCAGGCGGUUGACUCCGUUUGCAAUGCCGCCGCCGCCGGAGAGCCCGUGGUGCUUGCCGUACUCGGUGCCAAAGGCAUGGGGAAAUCCUCCCUGGCGCGGCUAGCCGCCAAUCGGUUGCUAGACGUCAGUCCCUGGGUGGCCGUUCUCGACACGGAUGUCGGCCAGCCGGAGUUCACCCCCCCCGGGCUGCUGUCCCUACAUUUACUCGAUCCAGGGAGGCCGGCCAUUGGACCGCCGCAUGCACAUUCUUGUAAACCGUUUGCGGCACGUUUCGUGGGUGAUGUGUCGCCACAGCAUGACCCCCCGCUGUACCUCUCCGCCGUACAAGCGCUGUACGGCUGCUACUGGAGCUGGGCACAGUCUUUGGUGGCGAGCGGCGCCGCGUGGCCUCCCUUGGUGGUCAACACGCACGGCUGGGUUAAAGGGCUGGGGUUUGACUUGCUGACUCAGCUGCUUCGACUGGUGGCACCCACGCAUGUCGUACAGAUUCGCGGCGGUUCGGAGAGAAGGAACCUGCCCCGCGGCGCCUUUUGGUGCGACCCGCGGGCCGUUCAGGCACCUGCGACCGCAGCCACUGCCGCCGCCGCCGCCGCCCCCGUUGCAGCGCCCCCGCCAACCGUAUUGAUCAACCUCGCUACGUUAGCAGACACUCCCUACCGAGUCGCCCCUGCUCCAACAACACCAGCAGCAGCCCCAGCAGCAGCAGUAGCACUGCCUGUUGGCCAAGACGCCGGGGGUGGCGGCGCUGCCACUACCAGCAGCGGCGGCGGCGGUUGUUUGACCGACCCACGGGACCGUGAUGCGUUGUUUGCCGGGCGAGCCCGCGGCGGCGGCGGCGGCGGCGGCGGCGGAAGUAGUACUCCGGCUGUGUCGCUGCGGUCCUUGAAGCCCGUGGAAAGUCGUGCCUUGGCCUGGCACGCCUGGGCUAAGCGAGUAGUGGGCUGCGACCCCGCGUGGGGCAGUUACGAGUCCGAGGAUUUCUGGCGCAACGCCGGCGCUCUGGCAUCCCUUCACCCUUGGAGGAUCUGUUUGGACGAGCUCCACAUACAGCUGUUGGCAGGAUCACUGGCGCCGCAACAGCUAGGACGGGUCAUCAAUGGAACCGUUGUCGGACUGCUAGCGACCUCGCCGCCGCCGCCGCCUCUGCCGGCAGAGGCGGCGGCGGCUGCCGCCGCCGCCGCUGCCUGGUGGGACCUUGACGCCGCCGCAGCGGCGGCGGCGUACCCUCCCGGCCGCGUUAGCUACAUCGGCGCCAGCGCGACGCCGCCGCCGCUGCUGCCGUGCGUGGGUCUUGGGAUUGUACGAGCUGUUGACAUGGAGAGUCGUACGGCGUACGUGCUGACGGACGUGGAUGGCGCCGUGUUGGAAUGUGUAGGGGUGUUGGUGGUUGGGAGGUUGGAGCUGCCGGGGUCGUUGGUGGUUGGGGGUGAGGUGGCGUGGCCGUACCAGCAGUUGUUUGGGCUGUCCGCUGAGGCGACAG